GACAGACAGUGACGCACCGUACCGUUGCAGUUUAUUGGUAUAAAAGUAAUGAAGGAAUGUGUAUGAAACAAAAAAAAUUGUUGCAACAGAUUGAAAUGAAUACCAAGUUAAACACCAUUUGUCUGAUCGCUCUUCUCUGCACUGUGGUGACAGUUAAUUCAGAAAUUUGUGACAAUGGUGCCAUCCGGCUUGCUGAUAAGGUGUCCUUCCUGGAGGGUAGGCUAGAGGUAUGUAUCCACAAUGAAUGGGGAACAGUAUGUGACGAUGGAUUUGAUGACAAUGAUGCGAAUGUGGUCUGUAAGCAGUUGGGAUUCUCAAGUCAAGGUGCUACGGCAGUCCAGGGUGUUGUUAGUGGUGGCAUUUCAUAUGGAGAAGCAAUUGGUCCAGUGUUUCUUCAAUACCUAAAUUGCUCUGGAGCUGAGGACACACUCUUUGAGUGCCCAACAGAUACAAGUUGCGAUCAUAGAGAAGAUGCAGGGGUUAUUUGUAUGAGACCCGAAGGUGUGCUGAUAGUACUAGGUGGUCGACUCUACGGCAAUAACAGUGUCGUCUUUAUUGAGGACAUAGGUGAUGAUGAUGGGAGGAAUAACACUGUUCAGAAUGACGUAUUUCAAGGCAAUGCUCUUAAUUGCAUAACAGACAAAAGUGCAUCGCAAGGAAAUGUCAACGGUCACUGGAUUUUCCCCAACGGAAGCAUUGUGUCGACUGACAGCUCCAAUGAGAUGUUUGUAAGUAAAGGGGAUAAUCAAACAGUUAAAUUGAAGUAUCAAGGGGGAGUGUUCGAACCAGGCAUUUAUUGUUGUCAAGUACCUGACCAACAAAAUGUGAUGCAGAGUGUUUAUGUGGGAAUUUACAGUAACACGUCAUCAAGUAAAGGAAGUGUGACUGUGUCAAACUUAACAUAUGACAGACUAACACAGACGUUAGAAUGCAACACAACGGGUGGACCUGCAACAAACCUUAUUUGGUCAAAAGACAACGUCCAAAUAGAUUUACCUAGUAUGGGAAAAUACAUAUUCUCGCAAGAAGUGAUUGAUCCUUUGACAGCAGUGUACAGGAACAAACUAAGAAUAUACGAUAAGGGAAAAUUAGACUCGGGUACAUACGAAUGUAUAGCAAAGAAUAUACUGAGUGAGGACAGCUUUCAAAUCAUAAUUUCAGUUUGCAGAGAUGGUGAAACACGACUCUUAAAUAAGAAUGAUAUAACACUUGAUAUAUGCAGUAACGACCAGUGGUUCACGCUGAGAGAAAAUCUGGUGCAAGCAUCAACACAACAAAACUUUCCUAUCCUACUAACUGCCAACUCAACUUUUGUAACAUUCAACUUCAGUACCAUUCAAAGUAUCAAAAAGUUUGAUAUGAGUUGUUCUACUGAUUCUGGUUCAACUUCUAGUCAAAGUGUUGCUGUUCAAUCUUCUUAUGGGUUGUUCGAAAACUCUCUGUAUCAGCUGCAACCAUCUACAAACUACCAAUGUUGCAUUACCCUCUACUAUGAGACAACCAAUUUACUUCAAGUGUUAAAUCAUGUCGAUCAACGCUGUGACUUCACUGUCACUAAUGCCUCUUCCUCUUCUAGGUCCGACUCAUGUAACAAUUUCUUUUGGCUGCUCAUUCUACUUGGAGCAGGAAUGUUACUUGCCCUUCUAAUUCUCGUGGCAGUAGUGGGAGCGUGGGUGAUAUCUUGCUCUAGAGGGAGAACAAGAUCUGGAUCAAACGAUGAUGACAUUACCAGCUUUAACCCAUCCUAUGAUGUACACAAGCCUAGGCAAGAUUCUGUAGCAGACAACCCUGUAUAUGGCUCACAUAUGCCUACUCCUGAGAUAAAUGCUGAUAACAAGGACUCAUUUUAUGCAAGUAUUGAUGAAAUCACACAGCCAAACGCUCGAUCACAGGCUGAACCACACGAUUCAGAGGAAAAUGCAUACAGCACUAUAUCGGGGAACAUCACCACUGUCAAGAAUCCUGUCUACGGUGGCUCAGUGAGAUAUUCCCAGUUGCAGUUUGGGAAGUUCCCAGUAGCUAAUUAAGACAUUAAUGAUUUGUGGAACCAAUUAUUUGUGUGUUUCUUACUACUACGGGUGACAUAAUUAUUUCUACACACUGAAAUUGUACAGACUUAUAAAAUUAUAUCCAUAACACUAUGAAAUUUACACUCAUAACAAUGGUUGUACACAAAGCUCUCAAUUGAAAUGCUUAUUUUAUAA